AUGCGCACAGAUGAAGGCAGGAAGAAGGCCAAGCUGCAAGAGCUAAAGUUGCAGAAAGUAUUCAUACAGCAUCUACUGAAUGCCGUGUUAGAAAAGGUCUUGGCUACAUCAGCCCCAGCACUUGCCGAAAGAAAGGAGAAAGACCUCGGGUCAUCCUGUGGCAAGCUGCAGGAAGAAAGGGAGGCAUUUGUUUCACAAAUUGCAGAGCAAACGAAGAGCAAUGCCGCAAAAGAUGCCCUACUCGCGGAGCUUAAGAGGCAAAUUGGGCAGACAAAGACUCGUCCACACUGCACCGCCGAGAGCCAGACUUGCUCUCCAUCUACAAAAAGCAUAGGGAGUGAAUGUACUACUGAAUGCGCCGAGGCUGAUGUCCAGGCCACUAGUGAAGUGACAGUGGUGUCAGUUGAGACACAAACGGAUGCAGUGCCAAAGAGGCACCAAAACCGUGCAGUGCGCGCCUGGCAGAGUUUCUGUGGCCAGGUACGUAACCUGCACAACCGCCUCAUCCAUGGAACAGAGGCAUUCUAAACCCUACUGGAAAUAUAGUAGCCUCCAUAGGAUGUACUGUUCUUCAGGGUGCUAGCUUUUUAUCUGAUUUAUAAAUUUGAACAGCUGUUAUCUGUAAUGUUUUAUACUGCAAAUUCUAUAUUUUUUAGAUUUGAUACAGAAAUUCAUAAAUGAACUGUAAAUAGUCGCUGAAUCCCUAAGGCGAAGGUUAAGUCAGGCCAUUCCUACUGAGGGCAUCUAGCACAAGAGAGACAUCCUACUAGUACCCCGGUGAGGGGUAGGGGGCGGGAAGGCAUAUUCCGCGUAACCAUGUGUUUACAUGUGGGCCCCAACAUACAGGGUAUUAGCAGGAGCAAAAAUAUGCGCUAGAUGCUCUCGCUCAACCGCAAAAUAGAACACCAAAGCAACUAAGGGCUGUGCCUCGUGUCAUUUCAUGUAAAUAUUUCUAAGUAUGUAAAAAUAACUUGACGAAAGUUGUAUCCCCAAAUAUAUGUAGAAAAAAUAAAACACCAAAGCGACUGAA